AUGCUGCUGUGCCUCCUGGACGACGCUCCCGUGCCUCGGAUGCACCCCCUUCUCUCCCGAGCUCCAGAUCCAUGGCUGCAGCGGCGAGAUGAAAUUGCAACACCUGGUACCAAGACCAUGCUGGGAUUUUCUGAUCAUGUUAGGAGCUUUGUCAAUCCUGUAUGGACGACCUCUUUGAGUGGAAAUGAUUCGGAUACAACAUCACGGACAGGAAAACAGUUGGACAUCAGCCAUGAAAAGGUUCGAGGUCUUUCACGGAGUUUCCUACCAGCUAUUCAUCUAGAGCACUAUCCUUGUGAAAAUUUCUCAUUUUCUCCUCCAUCUAUUGAUAGGAGACGCACUCGACAAGGGUCAUGUCCUGUUUGUUAUGUGCCUGUUGACCAGGGCCUGGCAUUGAUGCCAGCUGCUCAUCUGUCCGAAGACAAUUUGGUACUCAUAGGUCCAAUAGUGGUUCUUUAUUUUGUGGUUAUCCAUCCCUGGAACAACGAGAUAUGUCUUAUAUGA